AUGUCUGCAAGCUCGUCGUACGACUCGGUGUCUGCGGCAUCAGACGACAGCUCGACUGCCUCGCACUCGAAUGGCGAGCUCUUUGAGGCGCUUGCUGCUGCGGUGGAGUCGGGCGCGCAAGACGAUGCGGCGAGUGCCGGAGCCAUUCACGUCGUGCAGUGGCUGGUGGAGGAGCAAGGCGUUGAUCCGGACGCAGUGGUUGAAGGUGAAACUGCGCUCGACUUUGCGGCGUCGGCCGGCAGCAUGGACGUUGUCACGUGGCUGGUCAAGUCUGCCGGUGCCAGGAUCGACGGCGUGGACGGUUGCGACCAGACGCCGCUAGCGACGGCGGCAGGCGCCGGCCACAUCGACAUCGUCCAGUGGCUGGUGGAGAACGGCGCAGACGUCAACUUGGCGCGCAACAACCACUACACGGCUCUCAUGAGCGCGAUGCGCGAGGAAAGCACUGAGAUCGUCGAGUGGCUCCUUGACCAAGCCAACGUCGAUGCUGCAUGGGCGUUUGACGGCAGCUCUGCGCUCACGGUUGCAGCCAAGACCAACAAGCUAGAGAUUGUCCAGCGGCUAGCCCUUGUCGGCUGCCCGCUCGAGAGCCCGGGAUCCGGCAGCGGCGGUGCGAUUGUGGUUGCGGCCGACAGUAACGCCGGCGAUGUCGUCAAGUGGCUGGUGAGUGAGAAGCAGGUGAGAGUGGACGCCGCCGACGCAUGUGGCGAGACCGCGCUCCACAAAGCUGCGCGAUGGAACUACCUCGAUAUUCUCGAGUGCCUUGCGACAAGCGGUAGCAGCAAUGUCAAUGCGGCCAACGAGCGAGGCGAGACGCCGCUCCAUGCCGCUGUCGACAAUGGCUCGAGCGAUGCUGUCGAGUGGCUGGUGCGCACGGGCCGAGCGAGUCUGGACGUGCGGAACAACGAUGGUGAGACGGCGCUCAUGGCAGCCACCAAGCGCAACCGCUGGAGAAUGAUCUAUGGACUCGUCGAAGGCGGGGCUGACGUCAACGUUGCCGACGCGGAUGGACGUUUCCCGCUGCACGUCGCAGCCGAGAACGGGCGCUACCGAGUUGUGGAUGCUCUCGCCAGCGCCAGCGGCGUCGAUCUGGAUGUUGUCGAUGCCGAUGGCAAGACACCAUUGCAUGUGGCGGCGGAAGGCGGCGAGAGCAAAGUCGUCGAGCACCUACUGCGCCACGGAGCCUCAUCCCAGGUUGCGGACAACAGCGGCGUCACACCGCUGCAGGCUGCGGAGCAGGCAGGCUUUGACGAUCUCGCAGCGCUCCUCGCCAUGGCCGUCAGCGACCGCGAUGCGGCCCUAGCCGCCGUGGCCGAGUCUGCUAACUACCGCAGGCUUGACAAAGUCAUGGAUGGACGGGGCAUGCCACCAGGCUUCGGCGGUAGUAUGCUCAACCUGGCAGCGCUCUUCAUCAUCAAACGAUUGCUGCCGCUCUAUGGCUCUGGUUGGCUCGCACUCUUCCUCGCCGUCAUCGGCACUGCUAUGACCUUUGGUCUGCCGAGGACCGUGCAUGAUUCGGGCGUCAACAUCUGGACAUCGGUCUUCUUUCUUGGCCUCUGCAUCAUCACCUUCAUCGUCUUUGUCGCCAUCGAGCUGGUGCUGUGGCGGACCUGGUCGCGCGGUCUCUCCGCCCUCGAGUCAGGGCGAGAUCGCAGGCUUCUCAUCUUUCUUUACGCGGCGAUGGUGGCCACUCUGCGACAGGCCAACGCACUCGUACUCUCGGCAAUCAUGUACGAGGUCGACGUCCGCGCCAUCGGCAAUGUCAUUGUCUCGUUUGUCCUCAUCUUUGGUGUCAACACCCUGCUCUCGGGCUACUUUUCCGUCCUAACUCUCCACGACUACGACCUCUUUGCUGUGGUUGUUGUCUUUGCUGCCGUCCGCCACAUCGGCCUCGUCAUGGAGUCGUUCACCUUUGGCGAGGCCAACGUCUCGGACGAUGCCUGGAUCUUCUCGGUUGCUCUCCCGGCCGGCGGCGUCAUUGUUCUCCUCGCUGCACUGGCUGCCAUGUGGAUGAGGCCCAACUUCUCCGCCCUCCACCUCUUUGACCCGUUCUCCGUCUCGUUCCUCGAGGUCACUCUGUUUGGCUCGUGCAUGCCGCGCCGUGCGCCGUUCUACGACCCCAACACACUGCUUUCGGGCGCCUCACUCGACGCCUCACGCGAUGCCGGCUCCGGGUCCUCGUCCUCGUCGUCGUACGAGUACGUCUACACCACCACCUCGCUCUCGACGCACGGCGGGCGAACCAGCCGCCCGCCGUCAGACUCCUCGCUCUCCGACGCUAUCCCGGACGGGUCGUCGUCCGAGGCCGCCUCGGACCGCUUCGGCAUCGUCAGCACGUCAUCGGCGCCGUCAUCGUCGGAAGUCACCACAUCCACAUCGUCGCACUCGUCCAGCGAGCAAGAGGAGCGGAUCUCGGUCUCGUCCAUGUCUGCUGGCGCCGAGCGCGACAUCCGCUCGCCACACGAGCUUGCCAACAUCCACCUCGCCUCGCUCCGCCCGGCGCCGCGCUACGACGUAGCCAUCACCGCCAUGACGCUCGGCAAGCCGGUCGCACCAGGCUACCACUGGAACCUGCCGCUCCUCCGCCGGCCGGGCUCGGAAGUAGGGAGCAAGCUCCCGCCACGCUGCGACGGCGUCCACCUCAUGCGCUCGCACUACUCGUGGACCACGAGGUCGAUCUUUGCCUGUAGCUACCUCGCCAUCAUCUCGGUCCUCUACUUUUCGGCAACUCUCAUCCUCAUGGCCGCGCUCUACAGGGUCUGCCCUAUCCCGACCAACGAGAGCCGCAUGUUGUCGCCGCCGCCGCCGCUGCCGGCCUCGUUGCUCCACCCAGCCGACAACGUCCCGCUCUCACAGUUGCGGAUGCUCGGGACCCACAAUUCAUACCACCUCGCUCCGCGCAAGGUCUUUCCGGGCUUUAACCAGGGCGCCCGGUUUUGGCGGUACUCACACAAGCCGCUGAUCGAUCAGCUUGCGCUCGGCGUCCGCGCCUUUGAGUUGGACCCGCAUGUCCGGUCCGAGUCAAUCUCGGUCUGGCACGUCAACAUCUGGGACGACUUUUCGCUCUGUCCGUGCUUUGUCACCUGCCUCCGAGUCUUUCGCGAGUGGUCGCGCGACCACCCGGGCCACGUGCCCAUCAUCAUCCAGCUCGAGUUCAAGUCGCUCUGGUUUGCCGACCUUGUUGCCGGCAUCAACGGCGUCCAUCUCGACUCGCUGGUCAUUGUCGAGCGCGACAUCCUCCGCAUCAUAGGCCGCAACGCUAUCUUUACCCCUGAUGACCUUCGCAAUGGCUCAGCCACCCUCCCGGACGCACUCGCUGCAAACUCGCCGCCCGGCUGGCCGCGCCUUGGCGCCCUCCGCAACAAGUUCAUCUUUAUACUCGACGACGCCUCGUCCACCCGCGCCGCCUAUCUCGCGCCGUCGCUCGUCCUCCGCAACCGCAUCAUGUUCACCACCACUGUCGACGGCGAGGCCGUCUCGCCAUGGACCUCGGUCUUCAAGUACAACUCGCCGCUCUCCGAGUCGGGCGCCAAAAUCGCCGAGCUCGUCACCCAGGGCUUCCUCGUCCGCACCCGCGCCGACACCGAGGACCUCUCCGAGCAAGUCGAUGAGAAGCGGGCCAUCGCCGCCAACGACUCAAUGGCCCAGAUCGUCUCGUUCGACUGGACGCCCGAAAUCAAGUGGGCUUCGUACUUUUCGCCUUCGCUCCUCGCCUGCAUCGCCAACGCCACCGUUCCCUGCUCGUCAUGGUGGGAGUGGGAGCUGUAGCCAUGUUAAAUUCCCGCCACCCGACGCC